AUGAAGAGUAAGCGUGCCAAAUAUGGUAUGAAAAUAUGGGUGCUCGCCGACGUGGAAACCGCAUACUGCAGAAAUUUACAAGUAUAUCUUGGAAAAAUUGGCAAUACUCCGGAACGCGACCAAGGGAAAACGGUUGUGUUAGACUUAGUUUCCAGAUUGAAUCCAGGUCAUGGUAUCACAGCAGACAACUUCUUGACAUCUUUAGAGCUGGCAAAGGAAUUAGUUGACAAGAAGUUGACCUUAUGCGGAACUCUAAGAAGAAAUAAGGCUUGUAUCCCUAGAGAGUUUCUGUCGUCUCGAGACCGACCUAUACAGUCAUCUUUUGCAUUUCAACCGGAAGUCACCAUAGUCUCACAUGUACCAAAACUAAGCAAAAGUGUCAUACUUCUUUCUACCGAACAUCACGAUGCGACCAUUGCAGAAGAAAAUAAGAAACCGGAGAUUAUACUGCACUACAACGCCACCAAGGGUGCUGUGGAUACCCUAGGCAAAAUGGUCGCAGAGUAUAGUUGCAAUAGACAAUUGAAACGGUGGCCAGCUGUGCUGUUUAUGAAUCUAAUUGAUAUUGCAGCCAUAAAUGCUUUCGUUGUAUGGAUAAAACUUCAUCCGGAGUGGAACAACCAAUAUUAG